AUGCGAAAAAGAUAUUUUUCUAUAUUGAAACUCCUCGUUAUAGUAUUGGUUGUGUCGGGAACGCACGCAGUUCGUGGAGUUUUGUCCUCCGAAGAUACUUUUUUAUGGACCUGGAUCGGUGGCAGUAACUCUACCGGCAGUUCAGGUAGCUACGGUGUUCAGGGUGUGCCGAACACCAGCAACGUGCCUCCGGCGCGGUACGGUGCGGCCUUCUGGACCGGCGCUGACGGAGUGCUCUGGUUGUUUGGUGGUGGCAACUCGGACGGCGUCUUCGGUGAUCUCUGGAACUACAAUCUGAGCACGUUCUCUUGGACCUGGGUUGGAGGCUCGGCAUCCCUCAACUCUGCAGGGGUAUACGGCUACCUCGGAGUUCCCAACAAAAGCAACAAUCCGCCUUCGAGGACGCAAUCCGCUGCAUGGAGUGACAGCAACGGAAACCUUUGGCUAUUUGGAGGCCGUAAUUUGAGCUCGGGCUAUAGUGAUAUGUGGAUGUAUAAUGUAUCGUCGGGCGAGUGGACAUGGGUGCAGGGAUCCAACGAGACCAACGUUUCCCCGACAUAUGGUCCUCUUGGGAAGUCGUCUUCAAGCAACACGCCUGGCGGUCGUUACCAACCGGCGACCUGGGUUGGCUUGGAUGACCAGUUUUAUCUCUUUGGUGGAUCUGGUCCUAAUGGAACUGUUUACGGUGACUUGUGGCAGUACAACACAGUGACCAACGAAUGGAGCUGGAUAGGUGGCACCCAAGAGCUGGACCCCUCCGGAAGCUAUGGUGCGUUUCGCCAGGCAUCGCCGAGCAAUUAUCCCGCGGGACGUUACGGAGCCACAUCGUGGCGAGACCUUGAUGGGAACUUUUGGCUCUUUGGAGGUUUCGGACAGAUUGAAACAUUUGGCGGUCUCAAUGAUUUAUGGCUGUACAAUAUCAGCUCCAGAGAAUGGACUUGGAUGUCUGGAAAUGACAGUGUUGGUUCGAAUGGGUCGGUAUACGGCGAGAAAGGAGUGCCGUCAUCGAGUAACACUCCGGGGUACAGAUCCUUUUCCUCUGGAUUUGUAGACUCGUCAAAUACUCUGUAUCUCUUCGGUGGUUAUUCAUCCGGUUUCUGCAACGACCUGUGGACGUUCAAUAUUACGAGUCUUGAAUGGACUUGGGUAGACGGUGACAAUACAACGGAUGGAGCCUAUAGUUACGGCGAGCUUAACAAGACAAGCAAUACAACGCUUCCACCUCCGCGAGCUGAUGCAGUUCUUUGGAAUACCGGUCAAAACGACCCGGUGCUGUUCGGAGGCGAAGGCGGCACAGGUCCCCUUAACGACCUCUUCACAUUAUACAUCGCAACACCGACGCCUACGCCGACCGCUACACCGACACCGGCGGCAACACCAACACCUACGCCUAGGCCGACCGCAACACCGACACCGACGCCUACUGCGACACCAUCGCCUACGCCUACGCCAACUGCAACACCGACACCAACGCCUACGCCAACUGCAACGCCGACACCUACACCGACGCCAACUGCGACACCUACACCGACGCCAACUGCGACACGAACGCCUAUGCCUACGCCGACGGCAACGCCGACACCAACGCCAACUGGGACACCAACGCCUACACCUACGCCAACUGCAACACCGACACCUACACCGACACCGACUCGGACACCAACGCAAACUGCAACACCAACGCCUACGCCAACUGCAACGCCGACACCUACACCGACACCUACACCAACUGCAACACCAACGCCUACGCCUACGGCAACCGCGACACCGACACCAACAUCUACGCCAACGCCUACGGCAACUGCAACACCAACGCCAACUGUGACACCAACGCCUACGCCUACGCCUACGCCGACGGCAACACCAACUGCGACACCAACUGCAACACCGACUGCAACUCCUACGCCUACGCCAACUGCAACACCGACACCGACACCGACACCGACACCGACACCAACGCCAACUGCGACACCAACGCCUACGCCUACGCCAACUGCGACACCGACACCGACACCAACGCCUACGCCAACUGCAACGCCGACACCAACACCUACGCCAACUGCGACACCAACGCCUACGCCAACUGCAACGCCGACACCUACACCGACACCUACACCAACUGCAACACCAACGCCUACGCCUACGGCAACCGCGACACCUACACCGACACCUACACCAACUGCAACACCAACGCCUACGCCUACGACAACCGCGACACCGACACCUACACCGACGCCAACACCAACUGCGACACCGACACCAACGCCAACUGCGACACCUACACCAACACCUACGCCGACGGCAACACCGUCACCUACGCCUACCCCGGCAAUAGCCGGUGUUGCAUUCUCUGCGGUGGUCAGUGUGGUGAACAAGACCGUGUGUGUUGAUGUUGCGGUCGUUCUCCAGGAUAACUUAGAAACCAAGCUGAAUGGAACUGGAGCGAACGUCACUGUGUCGGAUAACUGCGAUAGUAUCUUCGUGUCAAUAGCCUCGCGGUUCGCCGACUGGUACGAGAGAAGCAGCCUCGACGUUCAACGUGUAUUCAGCGCAACAUCAGCAGUGAAUGCAAGCUACAAUAUCUCUAUCUUAGCACCUACCGCGCUCGUAUCCAACGUGACGAAGAUCUCUACCAAUUUUACAAGUAGCGUUCCAAGUAUCCUGCCAAGUGGAGCGAGUCUCGUGGCGAUCUCGACUCCGAAAGUUGUGCCAACACCCACACCCACACCUACACCGACACCGACACCAACACCGACAACUUCAGCAACGCCUACGCCUACCGUCUCAGUGACGCCUUCACCGACAGCAAAUGUUACACAGGUUUCUGUGGGUGGCGGCGCUGCGGUCUGCUUCCCAGCGGGUGCUUCGGUGCUUAUUGAUGGUCUUGGCAAGACGCGGCGGAUAAGCGAAUUGCGCCCGGGUAUGACCGUAAUCGGCGUCGAUUCACGUGGGCGACUGGUCGAGGACACAGUUCUGGGGUGGUUGCACAAAGAGACUCGCGCCACAGCAGAAAUCCUAUUGAUCAAGACGCGUUCGGGGAAGGAGCUGCGCUUGACGAGGCAGCAUCUGGUGUACCGGAUGAACGAGAACCCGAGAGUCCCGGGCCGCAAAAUGACAGCUGUGUCGAGUCUUUCACAUGAGAAAGAGCAGCACAUACAGAAGAUCCUCGAACUGGAGACGUCUGUAGGUGAAGCGGUUUUCGCAGAAGAUAUCCGCAUAGGCGACGCCUUAUUCGACAUUGCUGCGCACCUGCCGGACCCCGUGGUGGCAAUUGACACUCUCGUUACGAGUGAUGGCCUCUAUGCGCCGCUGACGCGCUCAGGGCGCCUUGUGGUAGACGGAAUUCUUGUUAGUUGCUACGGGACCUAUGCAUCGCACACUGUGGCACAUGCUGUAUUGUGGCCUGCGCGGGUUGAACUUUUGCGCAAGAUAUGGGGAUCAGCGCUCGGCUCUGACAGCACGGAAGGUAUCAUGCCAUAUGCAGAAGGACUGUACCGCGUAUGGACAAGUGCAGCACGUAUUCUGAAAGAUAGUCGCGUGAAUGCUAUAGCUGUUGCCUGCUAA